AUGACCACACGAAGGAGAGAAAUUGCACCACCGGCUACCGGAACAUCAACCCUAACCCUAACCGUAGAAAACCAAUCAGAAUCUGCCACGUCAUCAUCAUCACAACAACAACCACCAAUCGAAACCCUAACAUUGAAACUGAAGCCAAAAAGGAGAGUAUCAUGGAAACCAGGAACUGUAGACAAUGAAUUCCUCAACAAGAAAAGUUCCAAGAAAUGUUGUAUUUUCCAUAAAGAAAAGCCUUUUGAUGAAGAUGAUAGCGAUGAUGAUGAUGAUGAAGAAAAUGAGACAUUAAAGAAGAGUAAUCAUCAUGGGGAUCAUUGUUGUUCUAAACAAGAUCAUGGAGAUGAAGCUAGUACCAGUUAUGUUGAAGAUCAUUGA